AUGGACUCUCCGAGAUACACUGAAGUGGGCUGCAGAAUUUACAAGAGCCGUGUCAAGUGGAAGGAGGAGAGAAAACCCUCCGUCCAAGAUGCGGAAAGCGCCAGUAAAAUCACUGAUAGUACCUGGUGCCCAUGGAGAUGCCAUGAAGCCCUGCAGACACCUCGUUGGAUCCGAUAUCAUAGCGAUACCGCACCUCUGUUGCCACGCGGUUGGGUAUACCAAGAACGUUUCCUAUCGACACGAACAGUGCACUUCCACGCAAAUGAGAUGGUAUGGGUAUGUAAUGUUUCCCAGAGAUGCGAGUGCAAAUCCCUCGAUGGAAAUCCUGUUCAUGGAGACGGAUGGAGUGCAAGUAAGGACCAGGUUGUGAAACUCGAGGGCACCAGUAAACGAGACAUCAAGGCGUUGUAUGGCCUUUGGCGAACAAUAGUCGAGGACAUGACUUUGUUGGACUUGACGUACGAAUCCGAUCGACUUCCAGCACUUGCCGGGUUGGCAUCCAGAUUUGCAAAGUAUCUUCCCAAGAAUGAGAGAUAUCUUGCAGGGCUAUGGGAGGGAGACUUUGUCCGUGAUCUUUUAUGGGAGUCUGGAGGUGGUACACAAACCGCUGGACCUACAAGAAAACGGAAUACGACUGCACCUUCAUGGUCCUGGGCAUCCCUAACUUGGGGUGGCGACGAAUCCGCAUGCGGAAUGGAAUGGGAAUAUGAAACCAAGCCAAAACUCGCAGAAUGGGCUGGGGUGACAAGUUACAGACAGGAUCCAAGAACCCGAAUCAUAAGCGUCAAAGUCGAGGUUGACGGCGAAAAUAAAUAUGGAAUCGUCAAAGGAGGAUGCGCCGUCAUUGAAGGAGCACUGUGUGCGAUAACUCUGAAAGACCAUCCAACAGCUCCACGCCCACCAGCAUACCUGAGAAACAUACUCUCUGUUAGAUAUGGUGUCUUCAACUCCCUUCAUCUGGAUUACGAUACCUCCACGGCCGCAAGCUCUUCUGGUGGCGUUGUCUACUGUUUGUUUAUCGGCUCCUUCAGUGAACGUUUUGGUCACGAUUCUGAGCCACAUAUCAAACAUCGGGGAUUGAUAUUGGAACCUGUCAGGAAAACUGACAAAUUUCAAAGGAUAGGUCGCUGGACCCAACAUAUUGAAGAUUGGGUGCAUAACAAGGAAAUCUGGACGAAAAAAGCAGCGGUGCAUCGAGUAGCACUAGUAUAG